GUGACUCCCAGCUCUAAGAUUGUAGGCGACCUGGCUCAGUUCAUGGUCCAGAACAACCUGACGAGAGAGGAGGUGGAGGAAAGAGCUGAUGAGCUGUCCUUCCCUCUGUCCGUGGUGGAGUUUCUACAAGGACACAUUGGGAUACCGCAUGGAGGCUUCCCCGAACCAUUCAGGACCAAGGUUCUAAAAUCCCUCCCCCGUAUCGAGGGCCGUCCCGGCGCCACCCUUCCCCCUCUGGACUUCGAUGCCCUGGAGGCCGGGCUUCGUUUGCUGCACGGUGAUGACAUCACAGAGGAGGAUGUCAUGUCAGCGGCCAUGUAUCCCAAGGUGUUCGAGGAGUACAAGGAGUUCACAGGGAGCUUCGGUCCCGUCGACUGCCUCAGCACACGACUCUUCCUGGACGGGCCCAAGAUAGCAGAGGAGUUUCAGAGCGUGUUCAGGACCCACGGAGCGUGUUCAGGACCCACGGAGCGUGUCCAGGACCCACGGAGCGUGUCCAGGACCCACGGAGCGUGUCCAGGACCCACGGAGCGUGUUCAGGACCCACGGAGCGUGUUCAGGACCCACGGAGCGUGUCCAGGACCCACGGAGCGUGUCCAGGACCCACGGAGCGUGUCCAGGACCCACGGAGCGUGUCCAGGACCCACGGAGCGUGUCCAGGACCCACGGAGCGUGUCCAGGACCCACGGAGCGUGUCCAGGACCCACGGAGCGUGUUCAGGACCCACGGAGCGUGUCCAGGACCCACGGAGCGUGUUCAGGACCCACGGAGCGUGUCCAGGACACACGGAGCGUGUCCAGGACCCACGGAGCGUGUCCAGGACCCACGGAGCGUGUCCAGGACCCACGGAGCGUGUCCAGGACCCACGGAGCGUGUCCAGGACCCACGGAGCGUGUCCAGGACCCACGGAGCGUGUCCAGGACCCACGGAGCGUGUCCAGGACCCACAGAGCGCAGCCGGAGUAUAGACUAUUAGCCUCUUUGUAACAGCAGUCAAACAAAAGUCAAGUGACCAAAGUUGCUAAGCUUGCUAGAUAAUAUCCUUCAAUAAAUUACAAGAAAUCUCCUAUAUUUGUCAGCAUCUAGUUGAUGAUUCUACAGACAGCAGAUCAGCUUAUGAAUAAACGGGGAGAUGAAGCGAGGAAGUAGUUUAAAUACCAACGUAUCUUACCGUGGAACAAACUCUGUUGUAAAAAAAUAUCCAUAUCUCCUCUCAUACUGUUUGUUGAUCACAUAUUCUAUACCCGAAGCUGUCAUAUGAGCAGCAAUAGGGGACAGCGCAGAGAA